ACCCCUCUCUGACGCAGACUCGCUCAAUUAACCCAGCACGGUCCACUAUGAUCAGCACAGGAGUAAAGGAGAUGAUGUCAUUGGAGCGCCUGUCCGUUGGUUGGCUGCAGCAGCUGCUUAUUGUAUUCCUGAAGCUCUCACUGUCCUACGCUGGCCCUCUCCAACCAACCAGUGGAACAGAAUGCAUGGCCAGAGGUCCUGCCUCCUACAUCUUGGUCUUUACGGGUCACUGGAGCCCACAGACCUUCCCAAAGCAGUAUCCUCUGUUCCGCCCCCCGGCCCAGUGGUCCAAACUCAUAGCCGUGACCCAUAAUGGCCGGUUUCGACUGUGGCAGGAGGGCACACAAGCCAGUGCAGGGGUGCAGAGCUUCACUGAACUCGGGGUGACGGUGGAGCUGGUGAAAGAGGCCAAGGAAGCCAGAAAGAGGCGUGCAGUUGGGGCCAUGUACCGUACGGCGGGCAUCCCUAACGGUAUUGGGCACAGUUCCACCGAGUUGCUCAUGCAGCCUCGCAGCUCACUGCUCUCCCUAAUGGUGAAGGUGAUCCCCAGCCCUGACUGGUUUGUGGGUGUGGACAGCCUCAAUCUUUGUGAGGGCGGCCAGUGGAAACAGGAAGUGACCCUUGACUUGCAACCUUUCGAUGCAGGGACAGACAGUGGCUUUACUUUCUCCUCUCCCAACUUCCCCUCAAGCCCCCAAGAAAACAUCACAAUGAUCACAUCUCAAAUGCCCAAUCAUCCUGCCAACUCCUUCUAUUAUCCCCGCCUAAACGAGCUUCCGCCAAUUUCCAGCAUAAAGAUAAAACGGCAGAGUCGAUCACCUGCACAUCAAAAUCCAAUGUCCAAUCAUAUUCUGCCGAAUUCAAUCAGCCCCCAGCGUUUCUCAGAGACACCGUUGGACUGUGAAGUUUCUCUCUGGUCAUCCUGGGGCCUGUGUCUAGGUUCCUGCUCCCGGGGCGGCAUCCGCCACCGCACCCGUUAUAUCCUCCUCCGGCCGGCCAAUGCUGGUGUCCCCUGCCCAGAGCUGGAGGAACAGGCGGAGUGCACGCCAUACAACUGUUUGAAACACCAGUAACCCAUCAGAACACACACUUACAGAAACAGCCAGUAUGAGACACUGGGACUAUCAUUUUAUUACUGCUGGACUGAGAGAACGAUUCUGCAUCUUAAGUAUCCCUGUGAUAGUGCAAGGGAUUUUUGUAUGUGCCACAAUCACAUUGUUGGUUUUUAGACAUAUUGCCUUACUUGUGCAGUCCAUUAAUACCAGAGAAUACACUGCUUCGGGUGGAUGGGAUCAGGUUGUGGUUCUCCUCAUCCAGGGAUAAAGUCAAAUGAUGAUCGAAAUCCCACUGUAAAUUGGUCAAUGUAAAAAUUUAUAUCCAGGAAUGAUCUUUGCUACAGAGUUCAUGUUGGAAAAUCAUGACAACCUAAAGAAAUGUAUGAGAGGCCCAUGGCCUGCAGGCCCUCUAUAGUGGAUAGGUGAUUUGCAAAACUACACAUGUUUAGUCUGCACACUGAUACAAUGAUAUACACAUGUAAAUGAUGCACAGUGUUUUUUAAGAGGAGACACACAGACACACACACAAUCCCAAACAGUCAGGUACAAAAGUCCAUGCACAUAUUACUAAGAAUUACAAGCAUGGGGGGGGGGGCAUUAGUUUACACAUGCAACCUAUACAUGCUUGGCACAUACAGUGCUUUUAAAAUAACCUCACAGCCUGAUUUAUAAAUAUCCUGUUUCUCAAAAAACAACUGAUGUCUAAUUUUAACCCAGGAUUCUGUGUUAAAUCUUAAGCCCCUUUCACUAGAUGCAGGGUUCGUGUUGAUGAAAAACUGUUAUUUGUACUGUUACUUUUUUUUGAUAAUGUAGGACAUGUUGAUAUUUUGUACAUACUCUUUGAUGUAGCUUGCAUAAC